UAUAUAACUUAUUGACUUGGGUUGGGGCCUCCAGUUUUGUUCAUUCGUAAAAGCAUAAAAACCUGGUAUUGGCGCGUAACUAGUGUCUGGUCUCUGGUCCUUUGAGUCGAUGAGUUUGAAGUUUAAAGCGGUGUCAGACUCAGACACCGAUCCGAAAAGCCCCAACAGUAAGCCCAACAAUGAAAACACAAUAAAGAGAGAGAUAGUGGAUUUAAGGAAUGGAAGCGAAGUCCUGUACAUACAAAGGUUCUUCACCUACGACCAAUCCUGGAAAUGGUUCCAUUUUCUUAACAAUCACAUUCCUUGGACCAGACCCACCGUUCGUGUCUUUGGUCGCUCUUGUCUUCAGCCUAGAGACACAUGUUAUGUUGCAAGUCCAGGAUUGCCAGAGUUGAUUUACAGUGGAUAUCAGCCACAUGCCUAUUCUUGGGAUGAUUAUCCUCCACUUAAGGACAUCUUGGAUGCGGUACAUAAAGCCCUUCCUGGGAGUUAUUUCAAUAGCUUACUCUUAAAUAGGUAUAAAGGUGGUAAUGACUAUGUCGGUUGGCAUUCUGAUGAUGAGAAGCUUUAUGGUUUGACUCCAGAGAUUGCUUCAGUAUCCUUCGGAUGUGAUCGUGAUUUCUUCUUGAAGAAGAAACCCUGCAAGACAUCAAAUGUGUCAAAAAGGCAUGAUGAAGAACCUGCAAGCAAGCGAUUGAAGAAGAGCUGCCAUGCUGAUCAGUACACUUUCAAACUUAAGCAUGGAUCACUGUUGGUGAUGAGAGGCAACACUCAACGGGAUUGGAUCCACUCAGUGCCUAAGCGUGCAAAAGUAGACACAACUCGUAUUAACCUCACUUUCAGACAUGUUCUUUGAUUAAUUAUGUUACCAAGAGUAUGGUUUUUCUUUGGGCUUUAUUUGUUGUAUUGAUUUCUGGCCAGCUUUUGCAGAAACUUCUGUUACAAGGUGCCUUGUAUUCUGUUAGGAGAUAAAACGUAUAGUCUAAAAGAACUUGAUAUGAACAUUAAAGGUUCAGAAUGCUUUUAGCUUUUGGUAUUGCGACAUGCAUCUCUGUAAAGGCAUCACUAAAAGUCUAAAAGGUCGAAGAUGCUUGUAGCUUUUGGUUUUGUGAUAUUCAUCUCCGUAAACAUCACGAAUAAUCUGUGGCUAGU